CUGACCGCAGCGUUCUAAUUUGGAACGCUGGCGGCGCCGGCGUUCUAUAAUCCUGCAGCGCACUAGCGGGUUCGGGACAAAGCCGGGUCUCCAGCCAUGGCGCUCAAAGUGCAUGUGGUUUACUGCGGUGCCUGAGGUUACAAGCCCAAGUAUCUGUUGCUGAAGAAGAAGCUAGAGGAUGAAUUUCCCGGCCUCCUGCACAUCAAUGGCGAGGGGACCCGGGAGGUCACCGGCUUCUUUGAAGUAACAGUUGCUGGAAAGCUUGUACAUUCCAAGAAGGCUGGACAUGGCUUCGUGGACUCCUCAGAUAAAUACCUUCGUAUUGUGGCAGAGAUCAAGGCCGCCCUAGGAAAGUGAGGCCUGAAGGCAGAGCUCAGGGGCCUUGUCCCCAUCCCUGCCCACGAUGCUUUAUGACGGGAAGGAUUGAAAUGUCCUCUGGAUCCCAGGUUCUUCCCUGAAUCCUUGCAUCCAUCGGGCUGGGGCUGAGAUGGAUGCCCCUGGAUCCUGCGCCAAGUGUGUGUGUAUGUGUGUGUGCGGCCCCUUGUCCAAGGUCUCUCUGUUCUCUGGGUCUAUUACACUCCUCUUGGAUUCCUGUUUUUUCCUGCACCAACUCAACCCAAAUGCUGUCUUCCUCACUGAGGUCUUCCUUCCUUAGCCCCUCCUGGGUCUCUUAGACCUUCCCUCUUCCCUGCUUGAGGCUUAGCUCUCCUGCCCAGCGUUCUGGGUUCUCAGACAUCCCUUCUGCAAAAUGAGAGGGUGACAGCCUCAGAGUUGCCUUGUACAUUGGAGAAGGGCCUUUUCCACCUUGACUGGAGAUGGAGGGAGGCUCCCGCCUGGCCUGGUGUGGCCCAGGAAGGCCCGUUGGAAACCCAGAAAAACGUAUUUACCACAAGGGCUAAUUAAUAAAUGUAAAAAGAAUUAAGUUUCA